ACGCUCGCGGCGGAACAGCGCACAGUUUUUAUAGGGAAGACAAAAUUUUUUUUGUGUCCCUAAUUUUUUUCUCAGGAAACAAUUUUCAGUUUCUCGCACCGGCAACACAUUUCGGUUGUUUGGUAAGGAGGAAGGAAAUUUCCGGAAAUCAAGAACUGCUGAUUGGGUUCCAGUCUUUCUCACGAGCAAAGGUUCUACAAUAAAUUAUGCAUUCGAACGCAUUUUCCGUCGUUGCCUCGACCCUGACGAUCCUCAACGUCCUGUCCCCGACAAACGCGGCGCCGCUCGACGGCGUUUUCGCAGUGGCGGCGUCAGCGGGCAGCGAAUCGGCACCCGUGCAAUCGAACCCAAACGCGAAACCCGGAUUCAGUUACGGAUUCGCACACACGGCGCCGUUGGCGUCGUUCGGUGCCCCACACCAUGGACACCGCCAAGGAACAAACGACGCAGACGCCGAGGGUUACUUGGCGACCCAGUAUCACACGCAGAGUAACGUCGGGGACGCCGCUUUCGGGUACGCACACCCGGGCCAGGCUCACGCUUCCAUCAGGGACGCCAACGGCGGCGUCACGGGUUACGGAUUCGCACACACGGCGCCGUUGGCGUCGUUCGGUGCCCCACACCAUGGACACCGCCAAGGAACAAACGACGCAGACGCCGAGGGUUACUUGGCGACCCAGUAUCACACGCAGAGUAACGUCGGGGACGCCGCUUUCGGGUACGCACACCCGGGCCAGGCUCACGCUUCCAUCAGGGACGCCAACGGCGGCGUCACGGGGUCGUACUCGUACAUCUCGCCAGAAGGACACCCAAUCCACGUUUUGUACGUGGCCGAUGCUGCGGGAUUCCGCGUCAUUUCAAACGCACUGCCGGAUGCCAACGGCGACAUCCCGCUUCACGCCCAGGCCACGGCUGUGGUCAUGUUCUUUGUGGCCUUCACGUUCGGCGUUCUCUCCUCGUGUACGCCAACAAGCGUCGGUAGUUCAGUUCGGCAGUCGGAGUCGUUAGUACUUGGAGGUGUGGUUUUUAAUUAUUAA